CUGAAGCUCUUAUUGUACUGAAAUUCAAUUAUUUCAAGGAAUGCUUUACUUCUUUAUCACAAAGGAGUGCACACAAUGAAAAUAACGAGUUAAAAAUGUUAAAAAUAUACAACCGGUAAAGAAGCAGCAUAAUAGAAUAUUGUCUUAAUUUGAAACUGGAUUGUUUAUUUUUUUUUGCCAUCUGGAAACUUUGUAGAGUAGCACUGGUUCCAAGAGUAUGCUGUAAUGUUUUAUGACGAGAUACGCAUGCCGUAUAAUCCCUCCCCGACCCAUCUUGAAAAUAGGCGCCCUUACAAAUCAGCUCAUCAAGUCUUAUAUCAAGGGAAGCAAACGUCAUCCUCAGUGACAAGUUCUCGGUAUAUAUUUAGUUUUACCUCUCAAAACAAUAAAAUGUUUCCAGGGGAAACGCCAGAGAAAGUACAAACAGUGCUCGCACACCCGAGAUGUGUGGGUUUAGUUUCCAGUUGUCUAAACAGCCUGAGCUCAAACUUUCCUGUUGAGUUCCUUCCCAAUACACAAUGAUUUCCAUUCGUUAACCGAGUUCUGUUCCACAAGAUCAGACUAACAUUUAUACGUUUGCUUUUAUCGAGCUAGGUAUUCUUCAAGUAUUGAAGCAGAAUUAAGUUAAAGCCUGGUGUGUAAAAUAGACCAAAGCCCAUGUUAAUUGAGUCAAAUCAAUUUCAUUUUGUUCGGAAAUUCGCGCGAUGAAAAUUUUUGUCGCAUUUUACUUGAAAACCCAGAAUUAGAAGCCGAUCAGUAGUUGGUAAUUGAUUGCGCUUAGCUGUAGUCUUUCAAAUGGACGUUAGCCAUGAUACUGAAGACAUAAUCAUCUAAACGGGAAGCAGCAGGCCCAGGGAACCAGAUGAGGUUUCGUUUGUCAUGUAUAUGAAAAUUUUAGCUUGCUUCCUCUUUCUUCGCGUCGCACUCGCGAAUCCCUGCGGUAAUGUCCUUGAUAUAAAAAAUUCACUGUGUACACUUCGGAAAAAUACCUAAAAAUCAUAAGUAAACACUGAAAACCCUUUCGGUCUUGGCAAAGAUCCAUUUUAAAAUUACAACUACACAUUUUGCGAAAAACUCGCAACAAGAAUCUUUGAUAGCCGGGUGCUUAUAAUGUUCAUUGAACGUGAAAUCAAUUGUAAAGCCACAGCGAUCGAGAAAAGCAUAAGCUUGAUCAUGAGAUAUUCUGAGCAGCAACCAGAAAGCCAACAACCUUACGUGUGAAAUAAAUACAAAACGCUUCCUGAGGUAAGGUUUGAGGUGUUAAUUAUUCUGAUGCAUGAAGAAAACACCUGCCAGCCACGCAUUCAACAUAUGAAAAUAAUGCGCCAAGAUCGCCUACUUUCCAGAAUGUUUCUAUUCAUAAUUACAGCGACUGGCGUCAAACAUUUUACCUUCGUCUUCCAGAAUGAAUAUUGAUUGAGGAAAUUGCGGUGCGAAACAUUGCUGUCCUACCCCAAGGAAGCCAACAAAAAGUAGGAACUUCUGGAACUGAAAACCGAUUUCAAAGGAUAGUGUCAGGACGAGUUGGAGCAGAGUUCUAAAGCCAACCCGUUUGAUCUCCGGAUAUAUCUUUUACGCAGUUAUAGAAUUCUUCUUAUUGGGAUUUCCUUGCCUCAAGAUCAAAACCAACGAACAUGGAUCAAGCAAACUUCACUUUAAAUUCAACCACAGCACCAACAACGAAGGACCUCGGUAAGGGAGACUUCGCGGAAGGAAUAGGUUCAGAUGACGCUACGUGGAUUUUGACGAGCGCUUUCAUCAUUUUUACAAUGCAGUCCGGAUUCGGACUUCUCGAAUCCGGAAUGGUCUCCAGGAAAAAUGAAGCGAACAUCAUGGUCAAGAACGCGGUGGAUGUGAUAUACGGUGGACUGUCUUAUUGGCUUUUCGGAUUCGCAUUUAGCUACGGAAUCAGCGAGCGUAAAAACCCGGUUAUCGGCCUUGGAAAGUUUUUGACGGACGCAGACGAACGAGAAAUGGGGAAGAUCUUUUCAAAGUACUUUUUUCAGCUCUCCUUUUCUACGACUGCGACAACCAUUGUCUCUGGUGCUAUGGCGGAAAGGGCGAGCUUAAAAGCGUACGCACUUUACUCAUUCUUAAACACUCUGACAUACUGUGCUCCAGCUCAUUGGAUCUGGGAUGAACACGGUUGGCUUCGGAAAAUGGGCGCUGUCGACAUUGCCGGAUGCGGUGCUGUGCAUUUAGUUGGCGGAGUGAGUGGCUUGGUGGCGACUUUGAUGUUAAAGCCCCGAACUGGCAGAUUCGAUUCAAAUUCUCCGCCCAAACAAAUGGCUUCUCCUACAAAUGUUCUCUUGGGGACCUUCAUGUUAUGGUGGGGCUGGCUGGGUUUUAACUGUGGCAGCACGUUUGGAAUAAGCGGCAUGAAGUGGAAACUUGCCUGCAGGGCAGCAGUUGUAACUAUCAACGGCUCUAUAGGUGGAGGGAUAGUGGGGAUGACAUACAGCUACAUUUGUUUAAAGAACAAGUUAAACAUUCCAAUUUUUGUGACUGGGAUUCUGGCUGGGCUCGUCAGCAUAACAGCAAUCUGUUCUCUUACUCGCCCAUGGGAAGCUAUCGUAAUUGGUGCAAUAGGCGCCCUCCUAGCCUGCCCUGGAUGUGCCCUUCUCGAAAGGCUCCGUAUCGAUGAUCCUGUGGGCUGUGUGCCCACACACGGUGUGGCAGGAAUCUGGGGCCUAUUGUCCGUCGCCUUCUUUGCUGAAAAAGAUAUCCUCGAAAAUAGAUUCUCUAACGAGUUUGGAAUCUUCAAGGGCGGUCCUUGGAGAUUCUUGGGUGUUCAGCUGCUCACGGUCGUCGCUGUUUCCACCUGGGCUGCGCUAACAACAUUUCUUGAGCUGCUAUUGGUUAAUCGGCUGUUGGGACUGCGCAUGAGUGUGGAGGACGAGUUAAUGGGGGCUGACAAAGUGGAGCAUGGAAUCGACGAACACGAUCCGAACUCAACUCAACGCAGUUAUGGCGUCAACGCGAAAGAAAAUGGACACGAAGGCGCAUUGAAAUCAGUAGAGGUAAAUCUGAUUGGUUUGGAAGCCGCUAAGAUUGACUGCACUUCAAGGAAUGUUAUUCGCGCUCGAAGGAGACUUCUUCGACCAAAGUGGCGGAGGAAAGUUUCAUUUAGGAGCCCUCAAAAUGAUAACUUGAGUAAUGGCACAUUUCCAAUGAAUAGCUCGUUUAGUAAUGGCGGAGUAAAUCUAGAUAGUGGAGCCGAAUGUGAUACAUGUAACGUACAGUUAGCAAAUGGAAGUGUGGUAGCAACAGAAAUUAAGCAGUAAUCAUCUGCAGUGAAGCUUGAUCGUGCCUUAAACACCACACGAGUACAUACGAGUAACAUACGAGCACAUACGAUUACAUACGAGUAACAGGAGUGCAUACGAGUAACAUACGAGUACAUACGAGUAACAUAUGAGUGCAUACGAGUAACAUACGACUACAUACGAGUAAGAUACGAGUACAUACGAGUAACAUACGGGUACAUACAGACAUACGGAAAUAAACAGGUUAUAUACGAAUACAUUGGUUACAUACGAAUACAGAGGACAAACAUACGGUGGCAGGAGAGUAUCAUUUUUCUCUUUACAUUUCAUUUUUGAAUGUGUGAGGGUCAUGUCUGGCACACACACGUGAGCGCCUGCAAGUGCCACACACGCGCGCCUAUUAGACGCAUGCACAUGUGCCACAUACAUACGUCCGUCGUAGGCGCGUCACACACGCACAAACAAACCUGAGCGCUGAUGUGAUAUGAUACGACGCUUCGCGUCAAAUAAACGCAGAUUACGAUGAUUGCACACAAGAUUUAGCGCGCGCAAAUGUCUCAUAGAGUUAUUUUCCUUGAAUUAAAAGUAUAGUAAAAGCCUCGGCGUGUGUGUGGCGUGCUGUUCAAUGAAUUGAACCCAUCUCCCUUUCCUCAAGUAAGGGGUAAAACAGUCUAACUUUCUUUCAAAUUUGCAAAUUUUUGGUUAUUUUCUUAACAUAAGUACAUUUAAAAUCCAUAUAUAUAUAUAUUAAUCCAGAUUAAAUUUAUUGGUUAUGUACAAUAACAUACCCUUCCAUAGUGUAGGUCAGAAAACGGUUAUAUUAAGCCUGGAAACAAUAACAUUACUUUGAAAUGAAUUUUCCACUUAACAAAAUAUUAAUCAAUGUAUAUUGAAAAUUGAACAAUAACCUAUAAGUUAGUCAGACGGGUAACUGUAACCAGACAUAAUCCAGAACUGCAACAAACCAUAGCGCUAUGAAAACAAAAGAUGAUGAAAGGCCUACACGGACUUCCUUUGGGAAUUGUGAUAGCGAUGAAUUUUACUCGUAUGUGCUCGUCUGUUACUCGUAUGUACUCGUAUGUUACUCGUAUAUAAUCGUAUGUUACUCGUAUGUACUCGUAUGUUACUCGUGUGCACUAGUAUGUUACUCGUAUACAUGUACUCGUAUGUUUUUCGUUUGUACUCGUAUGCUACUCGUAUGAACUCGUAAGCUACUCGUAGGUACUCGUAGGUACUCGUAUGUACUCGUAUGUUACUCGUAUAUACUCAUGUGGUGUUUUAGUCACGAUCGUGAAGCUUGGCAGAGGUGCAUGUCAGGUCUUUACAUACUUUAAAACUUUUUGCGAAAUUACUGUGCAAUUCUUCCUUAAUUCGAGGAUAAUUCUAACAAUAGGCGGUACUUGACAGCGUCGUACUGCGUCCAGGUCCCUAAUGAAUGGUACACUCAUUUGCCUGUUUAUGAUCCCACUGGAGUCUUCCUUAAUGCUUAACGGUAGAAAAAUGUCCGUUGGUCGUUACGGGUCGACAGUUGAAUAGUUAUCCGUUUUCUGGUAGCCAGUGAAAGGCUGUCUAGUCGAGGAUGGGACCAAGAGAACGCAUGAAGAGAAAGGAAGGGGAACGCAAGAGAAAGCCUUUUAUGGGCUAUAAAAUCCACUUACACAUUUUUUUACAACAUACAGUCGAUAAUUUCAACUUUUAUUUGUCAUUUGACGAAAUAACAAGUUUUUAGCUAUUUAACGAUAAUUUGCUUUUAAAAAUUAGAUGAAAACUCAGUUACGCGUUGAUCGUUUAGUAACUUAUUCGUUGACAGGUAGGAUUUGAAUUACUAUUUUAUAAGUCAAGCGUCUGUUAGCCUUUAGCGUCAGUAGGCAAUAUCUAUUCACACUAAAGGGUAUCUUAGGAAAAUUCAAAUUUAAGAUUAUAUUAAAUUUUUAAAAUAAAUUGAAAAAGACGUAACGAAGCCCACAGGACUGUACAACCAACUGUUGCGAAUGUUUUACUGAUCACACCUAAAAGCUGUUAUUAAACAAUCAUAUUAAAAUAACAACUACUUUUCAAGCAUGUUUCUAUUGUGUUGAGUAGUCCUCGAUGGAAAAGACUGGGAUUCAGUUCCCAGAAUUCCAGACUCGAGACGUGGCGCUGCAUAAAUCGCGCGGCCUUGAUUGGUUGCCACUUGCGCGCGGAAAUCCAAGAUAAAGCAUCAACGCUUUACUUAUCUCUGCCCAGCGACAUCAUCAGAUUGGAUGAUUUCAGCACUUCAUUACUCAAAUUCAUGACGCAUCUGUAUUUUAAAAUUGCAAAUCAAAGAAAAUCUCCUUUCUAUACACCUAUCGUAAUUCUCUUUCCCCGCCCAUUUAAUUGAAAAGGUCAUAAAUCUUUACAUCAAUGGGACACAAAGCAAUCUUUGUCUCCGGGGUUCCUUCCCCCCCACUUCACCUACGUUUUACUUUAAGCUACCCUACAGCUUUGCCAUUUCAUUAAUUAAGCACUAUUGUAAUGAUUUAUGAAACUAGUUUUUUCUUCUUUCAAGAUCGGUAACAUGUUUGGUGUGAAAGACCCUAUUCCUGGCGGUUUCGGUACACGUGUGGUUUAUAAGUUUGCAUGUACAGGCUGUAAUGCUUGUUACGUCGGCAAAACGGUCCGGCAUUUUUCCACGCGUGUGAGAGAGUAUUUAUCCAGUGAUAAGGCCUCUCACAUUUUUAAACAUCUGCAGAAUUCUGAGCAUUGUCGCGCCUUAUGUUCAGCAGAUUGUUUCCAUGUUUUGGAUCACGCCUCCAGUAGUUUCCAACUUAAGACAAAAGAGGCUAUUCAUAUUCAAAGAGAACAACCCUCUUUGAAUCAACAAUUACACCAUGUAA